GGUUCGGCUAUGGCACACUACAUUUUAGUUCUCUCUGGGAUUUUUAUCACUCUAGUGGCGUUCAGCUCAGGUUUAUUUGUGUCUAAGAUCGAUAUUGUAGCGAAACCGUCGCAAGAAAAUCUGAAGAUACCAUACCAUCCCCCUCCAAGUUUACCUGGUUUCCAUGAUUUGGCAUGGUUCGUCUGUGAAGACCUAGAAUUAUGCUUGUCAAGCGAAGGAAAAGUACACCCCUUUGCUGGGAUUAAUAAAACAAGCGUCUGGGUUGACUUUCCACAAUUGUUUAAAAUCGACCUAACUGGAACGCUAACAAUUGUUAGGAUGUCACCAGAAUACGAUGGUAUGGUUAUUCUGUGCUGGGCUCACUUCCACGGUAUUGGGAAGAGUUUGCAAAAAACUUAUUUGAAAAUACGAGAAGCGCCACGAAUUGAAAUUAAAACACCGGAGAAAGUCUACGUGCCCAAAGGAACGAACCUGUCUUUGGUAUGUGUGGCAGAUGGUUGGCCCACGCCUCAAAUGACCUGGACUUGUGGAGAUGGACUCCUCUUAAACCAGACCAGUACCGUGGGAACCUAUAUCCAACAAAACGUCACAUUGGAAGAUAGUGGAAAAUACACCUGCCGUGCUAAAAACCCGUUCGGACUUGACUCCCAUACUGUGGAAGUAAUUGUUUUAGAUCUUUCAUAUUCAACAUCGUCACCUCCGACAGAUAAUCAAGGAGGUCGAGAGUGCGAGACCACCUACAAAUGGACAACUUACUCGCUUUUAGUACUAGUACUCGUGAUACUUUUAGGGGGGGGCUUAGUUCGUGUACUGUGCAAUAAUAGGGGCGCAAACCAAAUAGAUAUUUAAGAAAGGGGGUAAGUUUCUAAAGAAACUGUGGUGCAGCGUCUGUGGGAGUAACAAAGUAAUUUGAUUAUAUCAACUUAGUUGAAAUUGUAAGUUGUUACGUACAGAGUUGAGAAAGCUCACAUUUCGAACGUCAGCUCUUCGUAUUACUUCGCCCCUCUGAUGGGAGAAUAGUUUAAGAAUAGCGUGGAGAAAAUAUGAAAUGUUUUGUAAGUUUUGUUUGUUGUGAGGACUAAAUUUUCCUUCGCGCACAGACAAAAGCCAAUUGAAUAUCAAUUCUAUACCUGCAAAUAUUGAAAACAUGAAAACAUGUAUUUAUCAUGGGUUACGUAACUAUUUCUUUGUGGUGUUGCAUGGUAUGUUGUCACAAUUGCUUCAUUAGCGGUAGGCUAUAUAUUAUAGCUUUUGUCAUUUAUAUUCUUAGCCUAAUUAUAGUUACUUAUUAAAUGAUAAAUGUUUUAUAUUCGUUUGAGUGGGGUAGGGAAUACACUAGAAAAUAAAGGUUCUGACGUUUUCAAAAUGUCACCUUUGUGUACGCAAGGGUUUACAUGUAAAUAUCAGGAAUUUAUUUCGUCAUUGCAAACAGACUAUAUUAAUUAUUCAUUCUACCUUUGUUGUGCAAUGUCACGUAUUGCCUUCAAUUUACAAUUAAAGAGGCUGUAACUAUUUCACUUCUUGUAUUACAUAUGUCUAGAAAUGUGGAAAUGGCGAAAUUUCCUCAGAAUCGUUAAACCGAGUCAAUUUUCAUAGACUAGUUAGACUUUUUAGUGAAUUUUAGUCAAACUCGAUAGGACGAAUUCAAUUUCGCGGAUUUGACGAUCUUGACGAAAUUUUGCCAUCUUCGUUAGUGCAUGAAUUUUUAGACAUAUCUCGUUUUUUAUGCUCCUAAUUUCGAAUUAACAUUACUGAUGGACAAAUAAAUUGUCACGAACUCGAAAGUAUACCAAAGCAUUUAAAAGAGGUUUUAAUUCCAACACCCCAAUAAAGGAUCGACUUAGAGAACAA